AUGUCAGAUGAAGUUGAAGAUUUAUCAUUUCCAAAUGCAGUCAUCACUCGAUUGAUGAAUGAAGCUUUGGAAGGUUCACCGACAAUCUCAAAAGAAGCUCGAGCAGCUAUGUCGCGCGCUGCAUUGACAUUUAUACUCUAUAUGAGUACAACUGCUAAUCAAUAUGCUUCAAAUGCGAAACGUAAAACAGUUGCAGUUCAAGAUAUAUUCAAAGCACUGCAAACUAAUCAAUUCGAAAUGCUUGUUGAACCAUUACAAGAAGCAUUAAAAGAUUAUCAAGAGCAGACUCGUAAAAAGAAAGAAGAAGCAUCAAAAAAGCAACAGAACAAGCCAGAAACAAUAAACGAGAACGAUGAAGAUUCUAACAAUGAGCCAGAAGAUGAUAGUAAUGAAACGGAAGUUGAAUAA